UUAAUCUAUUUAUUGGGAGAAACUUGGAACAGUCCUCAACCAUAACAGAAUAUUUAAUCCUGCCUGAACUCCUUGAUCAGUGAUUUAUUUGAAGCUUUACUUACAACAAUCAUGCCAAACUGCAGUCACAGCUUGCCGAGUUCUGAAGAUCAAAUCAAAGGUCUCACAGCUGGUGAUGUUGUUGUCACGGUAAUACUUAAUAUGGUAGCGUUUGCCUCUUAUGCCAUCUUCAUUGAGCUAUGGAUCUAUUUGCACAAUAAUACUGCAAAUGAUGUAAUUAAGGAGAAAACCCUCUUAGUCCUUGGCUUAUUUCCAGUAACGACAGUUGCCUAUCAGCUGGGGAUGUUUGUUCCACGAGCUGGAACCUUGGUAGACUUUGUGGCAGCAGUUUAUACAAGUAUAUCUUUGUUUGGUUUCUUUCACCUUACUAUAACUUACCUUGGUGGAGUAACUGAAGCCAUUGACAAACUACAGUAUGUGGAGGCAUCUCUAAAUGUGGGUCCUUGUUGUUGUUGUUGCAUCUGUCUUCCAAAGGUUAGGAUAAACAGAAAAGCUUAUAGAAUCCUUCGAAUCGGUAUUUUGCAGACAUUAGUUCUGCAACCAGUGCUUCAGUUCAUUUCUGCUGUCUUGUGGGCUGACGGGAAGUAUGACAGUGGAGAGGUCAAUUCAACCAAUCCCUUAUUCUACAUUAAGAUUCUACUCAAUAUAUCUGCUUUAAUGUCCUUGUAUGUAUUUAAUCUGUUACUGAAGGCUGCAUUUGGAAUUGCAGAAGGAGGCUAUCAUCUUGUGGCCAAGUAUACAAUUAUAAUUAUCUACACCAUCCUUAGCAAUUUACAGCCACUAAUCCUUAGCUGCCUUGCAACCUACAACAUCAUUCCAUGUGUGAGUUUAUAUUCCUCAAAAGGCAGAGCUUCACAAAUAGACCACCAUGCAAAAAUCCUGGAAAUGUUUUUACUUCUUCUUGUAUCCAGAAAGUACUAUCGGAAACGUUUGCCAGAACUUACACCACUUUAUUUCGAAAACCCUCUUCACAAUAUGUGCUGAUUUGAUGCUAAUGGAUCAAUUAUGUUUAACACUAACUACUGAGUUAUCUAUUCAAAAACUGAACUUUGAUUUAAUGACAAUAACUUGAUAAGAUUUAACAGCAUAAUGUUCUAUGGAUGGACUUGUAAUAUUCCAUAAUGUGUAAUUUUUUUCUUUGUAUUGUCAUUAAUAGUUUC